AUGAAAUCAAAACAAUACACACUCAUCUCUAUUGAAGGCAACAUUGGAUCUGGCAAGAGUACUCUGCUAAGAUUAAUGUAGUAAAAGUAUCCAGAUGUAAAUUAGCUUUUUAAUUUUUAGUUGAGAUUCAUUGCAGAACCAGUUAAUGAAUGGUAAAGCAUUAAUGGAGAUCCAACUUUGAAUUUGUUGGGUUCCUUUUAUGAAGAGCCAUCAAGAUGGGCUUACACUAUGCAAGUUUAUGCAUUCUAUAGCAGACUUAAGCAUUGGAAGGAGGUUCUAUCUGAUCCAUUGAAUCCUGAAGAUAGACAUCUCAUUCUAAGUGAAAGGAGCAUUGAAGCAGACAAAGAGAUCUUUGCUGUCAAUGGACACAAGAAUGGAAUGAUUAAUAAAUUAGAAUUCGCUUUGUAUGAGAAAUUUUACGAUUGGCUUUGUGAUGAAGUGUUUGGGAAAAAAAUACAAAAGCAAAUGAUCAUAUAUUUACAAGUAGACCCAGAUGUCUGUUACACAAGAAUGCAAAAAAGAGCAAGAGAUGAAGAAAAAGUAUUACCGCCAUUUUUAUUAUUUUAAAGAAUACCAUUUCCAAAGAAUAUCUGACUCAAAUCCACAAUAGACAUGAAGAAUGGUUAUUGAGGGAAACCCAUCAAAAUACAUCCAUACUAGUACUAAACGGAGAUAAAGAGUUUGAAAGCGAUCUCGUUCAAUAAAAUAAAAUGUUUAACGCUAUCGACUAAUUUUUAUAAGAAUUAUUUUGA